AUGUUCGGUGACAUCCACAACCUCAAGGAGGAGGUGGCCAAAGGUGGAAAGCCUGAGAUGGGUACGAACACGGUGGCCCUGCAGAAAAAGUUUGCUGAUUCUUUCUUCGGGAAGAUGGCCAAGAACAAGUAUUUCGAAGGCGUCACCAUCUGUGUCAUCUUUUUGAACGCUCUUGCAAUCGGAGUGGACGCUGAUUACUCAGCGAGGACGCGAGUCCCAGCGAACCUGUACGAAGGUGAUGUCUUCUUCAUUGUGCUGGAGGUGUUUUUUGCUUCUUACUUUUCCCUCGAGAUCCUUAUUCGAUUCCUGGCGUACCGCCAAAAGCUCCACUGUCUUCGUGACGGUUGGUUUAUUUUUGACUUUCUCUUGGUUUUGAUGAUGGUGUGGGAGACCUGGAUCAUGCCGUUUGUGGGUCUUGAAUCGGGCCUUGGCCAGCUUAGCAUUUUGAGGCUACUUCGGCUGCUUCGCAUCACCAGAAUGGCGAAGCUAAUGAGAGCCUUUCCCCAGCUGAUGAUGAUCAUAAAAGGUAUCUCUGCCGCAGCUCGGGCUGUGGGUUGGACGGCUGUUCUGUUGGUCAUCAUCAGCUUCACGUGGUCCAUUCUCUUCACGAACGAAUACCACCAAGGUCACAUCACCGAUGAGGAGAUGAAGGAUUGGCCUGACGAGGACCCACGGAAGAUACACGAGUACUUUGGUGGGAUGGACAAGUCGAUGCUCACGCUGCUCAUUAUGGGGACCAUCCUGGAUGAUGUGACCGAGUGUGCGGAUGUUAUCCGGAGACAAAACAACUACUGGUACCUGGUGGCAUUCAUCUUCUACAUCCUGUUGAACUCCUUCAUGAUGCUGAACAUGCUUGUCGGAAUUCUUGUGGAGGCCAUGCUUGCAGUAGCCGAAGCUCCUGCAACUCCUGCAGUUGAAGCUCCAGAAGAGGAGGAGGAGACAGAUGAGUCACCCGCGGCAAAGAAGCAGCGGACAGAGAAAGUCUUUGACAUCGAGGACUUGAAGAAGCAGGUUGCGGAACUUCGAUCAAAUCCGCCAGCCUAUGUCAGCAAAGUUGGACAGCUCACGACCCCGGCCCUGAUUUGUGACGAGAACGGUCAGCUCCAGAGGCCAGAACAUCCAGAGGAGAACGGUCCUUGGGACCUCCAGCUUUGCGUGGCGGGUGCGGAAGAUGACGAGGCAUACGGCGUCCCGUGGAGAGUCAACAUUCGAUUUGAUCCAGACCUGUGGCCAGCAAAGCUGCCCCUGGUACGCUUCCGCGGUGUGUUCCAUCACGCAUUCACAGACGAGAACGGGGCCAUGCUGAUGCCGUUCUACAGGGCCCUGCCCAGGGACGAGAACCAAGCUUGCACCUUGAAGCUCACCGUGGAGGCAAUUCGCACAUUCCUGGUGGAUCCGUUCGCAUCGUGGAAGCUUUCGCCUGACAAAGUGCCGGAGAAGCUUGUCAAGUCGGUGAGCGUCAACAAGAAGAUGAACUCCGAACGCCUGGAUAUCAUACGCAAGUAUGCAUCCCAAGCUCUCCAUCCCGAGCUGUUCGCUGGCUACUGGCAUGAUGAGUGGCUGGCUGACGAUUUUCGCAAGGCCAUCCACCAAAAGGAUCCGGCCGUGUGGAAGAGCAUCUUAACAGAGCAUGUUCCUGGACAGGCCUUCUGCGAGAUGUUCCUGAGUGAGGUCUUCAACUUUUACAAGAGUGGGCUUCCGGCCAGACGUCCAAACAGCAUGAAUGCUUAUGGCAUCAUCCUCAACGACAUUGGCCUGGAGCCCCUUAUUGAUGAGCUGCAGCGCCAUUUGCAGCCCUUGGGCGAACUUCUCUUCCCGGGCCCGGGGAGCUGCUGGGAUGGACAUCACUGCUUCAUUGUCCGGUACCGAUCCGGUGAGGAUCUCGGCCUGGACAUGCACACCGAUGACUCAGACGUGACUGUGAAUCUCUGCCUCGGAUUGGAGUUCGCAGGUGCCGGCUUGCAGUUUUGCGGAAUGAUGGGUGCCACGGACCACCGCAAGCACUGCUACACCUACUACCACAAGAAGGGGUCUUGCGUCAUCCAUCUUGGCCGGCGGCGGCAUGGAGCUGACGACAUCACGUCCGGUGAGAGGCUGAACCUCAUUCUGUGGAACCACUCCAGUACGUACAGAGCGAGUGAUGACUCAGAGAAUCCGGACUACCAUGUGGAAGAAGGCCCACCAGACGCCGUGUGCGUGAGCUACACCCACGACCGGGAUUUCGGGAACUUCAAGGAGUAUCCAGUAGGGAAAGAACAUUUUCGGGGACGCGGCUGGUGCCCGCGAAGAAAGCUGGAAUACGAAGGAUUCACUCCCGACUGUGACGAAGAACAGGCUCCGAGGCGCUGA